GUCACCCAGGCUGUGUACAGGUCAGUGUGUGGUGGAGUGACUAAUGGAGACAGAAGUGGACAGGAUUGAAGGGAAGGCCUCUCUAGUCAGCCACGCAAACCCUCUAUAUGACAACAACAUGAAGCUCUUUGAGGCCGAGCGCUACGAAUUCCAGCAGAGUGAGCUAACGACAAAGAAACCAGCAAAGAAAUGUCACUGUAUUCCUGUUCUCGUAGUGUUUCUCCUGCUGCUGAUUGCUCUGAAUUCUUUUCUGACAUAUAAAGUCUUCACUCUGGAGACUUGGGUUCACACUCACUGUACACCAGCUGAAGCCAGAACAGAUGAACUCAAGUCUGCUGAAGGACAUAAGCUGGGCAGCUCCAGCACAGAUGAGGAGUGUCUGUCCGAUCUGUGUGGAAAUAAUGGGACUCUAGAAAAACUAUGGACUCAACUAAACCAGCUCAACGUUAGUGCACAAAGAGCCAUGGUUUGUCCGCCUGGUCCAUCUGGUCCACCUGGAAGACCUGGAAUCCCUGGAUUACAAGGUUCUCCUGGAAUCCCAGGAAUGCUAGGACAGAAAGGAAACACUGGCUCACCAGGUAAGGUAGGUGAGCCUGGAACUCCAGGUGAAAAAGGACAGAGAGGAGACCCAGGUGUUGCAGGGCAAAGGGGUCUGAUGGGCAUUCCGGGUGCACCUGGUAUUCCAGGCUUGAAGGGGGAUCCAGGAGCAAGAGGAAUACAAGGUUUACCUGGGAAUGAUGGUCGUCCAGGUGCAAAUGGAAACACUGGUUUGCCAGGAGCACCAGGGCCCCGUGGAAAUCCAGGGCCUAAAGGAGACCCAGGUACAAGUGGUGAGCGAGGAGAGCAGGGACCUCCGGGUGUAAGAGGGCCUCCUGGUCCAGGUGGCUUGCAAGGACCACCUGGAGAAAAAGGCUCACCUGGACCAAAGGGAGACACUGGCGUUGGCAUUCCAGGGCGCACAGGACUGCAGGGGCAAAAGGGAGAUCAAGGCUUGACAGGUGCCCGAGGACCUCAGGGUCUGAAUGGAUUGAAGGGAAGUAAAGGAGAUUCAGGGCAAAAGGGAGAUCAAGGUCUGAAGGGUCAGAAGGGUGAUGUGGGACCCAAGGGUGCGAGCGGUACUGUGUCAGUGGUCCGUUUAGUGGGAAGCGCCAGCCGUGGAAGAGUUGAGGUGUUGCAUAAUAAUGCUUGGGGAACGGUGUGCGAUGACAGCUUUGACACUGUGGAUGGUUUGGUGGUGUGCAGGAUGUUGGGCUACCAGAGGGCCACCCAGGUGUACACGGCCGGUGAAGGAACUGGAAAUAUCUGGCUGGACGAGGUGAGAUGUACCGGAACCGAGAGGAGCAUUUUUGACUGUCCACAUGGAGGAAUGGGAACUCAUAACUGUAACCACGGUGAAGAUGUGGGAGUUAGCUGUGCUUGAAUAAAGGAUGAAAUCUUCUCACACCAAGAACUCAGUUUUGCUCCAUGACUUUUAAUCAGUCUGUGUUUUGGUGAUUUUUAAUGGAUGUACAGUCAGUUCUCCUCAUACAGAUGUAGUUCAUCAGAUAUUCAACUAAUGUUUUAAAGUUGUGUCAUGUGAAACUAAACUUCUUUUUGUCAAAUGUUAUGCUUAAAAAGUGUGCAUGGUGUCAUCAAGGCUGUGACAUUCAUGUAUUUUUUAAAUGGGACUUGUGUGUGCGCAGAUAUUUUUGGCCUAUGUACAAUAUGAAUGUAUAAACAAACUCAUCCAUGUAUACAUACUCUGAUAUCCUAAACCUGUCCAAACUCAUAACACUUAUACACACAGCAAAAUAAAGGGCUUAAAGUAGCUUUUGACUCUAAAA